GUGGGGGAAAAAUCAUAAUGGCCGCCCCCGAGUUAUUAGCUCGAUUAGCCGUUGUGAGCGGAGUUUUGUGAUGUAAACGGAGGAAGAUAUUCGCAAAUGUUUAGUAAGACAAGUUUAUCGGCUCGUUUUCUGUAAAAAGAAUGGCGGGUUUAGAGGGCUACGAGAGUGUAUAUCGAGGUCGGACCGCUAGAUCGUGGGAAAUGAAUCCGCCCUACUCACAAAAGUAUCACGGUCGAGAGGUUAUCCAUCCUUUAGAUAUACCUGUUAUGCAUCCUCUGGCAGAAGACAGUCCGCCGAUCAUCGACGAUGAAUCCACCAAUGUGAGCAAGUACGUGGGAUUAGGUUGUGGAUUGGCGAGCUUGAUUACAGGAAAUCUCUUGAUACAUCCUUUUGUGGUAUUGCGAAGGCAAUGUCAGGUUAAUCCAGGAGCGACAAAAUAUCAUUUAAUGCCCAUAACUUUAAUUCCGGUAAUAGUACGCUUACAUCAGACUCAAGGUAUAAAUACACUGUGGAAAGGAAUCGGUUCGGUGUUACUUGUGAGAGGCAUGACGUUGGCAGUCGAGGAUUUGAUUUCAAAGAUUACACCGUGGCCAAAGAAGAUUACUUGCAAUAGUUCUAUGAAAGCAUUUGGCCAACAUAUCCUUCUUAAAUGUGUCUCCAUAGGUAUAGUGACUCCUUUCUAUUCUGCGUCGCUUGUGGAGACAGUUCAGUCUGAGAUUGCUUCUGAGUGUCCUGGAAUCCUCGAUGUUUUUCGUGACGGUGCAAUCCGCUUAUUGGAUGUAUGUAAUAAGGGUAGACUUAUUCCUAUUUAUGCCCUUGUGCCGCCUACUAUAGUUUAUGAAGUAUCAAAAUAUCUUUUUGCCUUAAUUGUGAGAGGGGUAUCUAGUCGAAUUAUGCAUAUUAGGCAUAAACAUUCGCAAGAGGCAAGAGGCGCGUAUAGUAAAGAUUUACUGUCUGAAAGUGUUGUCCAAGAUAUAGAAAUGCAAUCUAUUCUUGUAUCGACAUGUGCUGCGGAUGUUGUGUUUUAUCCUCUUGAAACUGUUAUUCAUCGAUUACAUCUUCAAGGUACACGCACUAUUAUUGAUAAUUUAGACACUGGAAGAAGUGUUACACCAUUAUUAACUGGCUAUAGCAGUGCGGCCGAUUGUUAUCGUACAAUAAUCUCGACUGAAGGACCACUUGGUUUGUAUAAAGGAUUCGGUGCUCUUAUUAUGCAAUUUGCGGUACAUUUCAUUGUAUUGCGCGCGACGAAAUGGCUGUUGACAGAAUUAGGCACGAUGUUGAUGCCGAAACCUAAGUCAAUAAAGCCACAGAAAUCUCCGUAUUAUAAUGAAAUGUAAAAAAAAAAGAAAAAUAACAUCUAUAACAAAAUAUUGUAAAAUAUAUGAUUAUUUAUUAAUUUCUAACAAAGAUAUAAUCAUAGUCUUUAAUGAUUCUGAUUUUGUUUCCACAAUUCUUUUUUAUAUUGUUAAUAACAAUAUUCGAAAGUGUAAAUUGUGUGCAAGUUUUCUAUCUCUAUUAUACAUUUUACAUGCACAAUGCAAAUUAAAUAAGAUAUUAAAUAAAUCCAUACAAAAAAAUUUUAAGUACUGAAAGUAAAAUUGGAUUGUGGACAAUACUUGUAAAUAUAGUCAUUUUCACAUGACAGUCAUUAUUUUCAUCAAAUCAAUUUCUAUUUACCAUGAAAUGUAAUUAUGUGAUAUGAUUUUAUUACAACAUUAUGUUAAUAUAUAAAUGUUAUAGGUCAUUUAUGAGGUAAAUAAAUCACAAAAU